AGGCUGUGCUGGAAGAGUUUCUGAAAGAACGGAAACCUGAAGCAAACAGCAUCCUCUGCAUGGAUAAUAAACUCACUGAAAAUGAGAAACAAAUGAAAAAAGAGAAGGAGAAAGCGGCUCUGCUGGAACAGAAGUUUAAAGAGGAAGAGGAGAAACGAAUUGAGAUGGAACGAAUGAAGGAGACUGAGAAAGUGCGGCAUGAGGACAUGGUAAAACAGAUGCAGGAGAAGUUCAACAAGGAGCUGGAGCAGCAGCAGCAGGAGAUGAACAGAGCCACUGAGAGCAAACUGAAGGAGUGGGAGGAAAUGCUAAAGAGAGGCUUUAAGGAGAAAGCUGAAAACCUUGAGGGAGAAAUAAAGAAGUUAAAUAAUGAAAAGGAAUGCUCAAGUGGUGGUGCCAUUUUUAAGGACUAUGUGAUGCCAUUACUUAGCCCUCUUGUAGAAAUGGUUCCCAACCUCCUCAUGCAGAGAUCAAUGUUGAAAAGCCUGAAAAUGGGAUUGAAACAUUAAAACCCAAAACUAGGGCUGUGAAUCUUUGGGUAGACAGCGAAUCGAUUAGAUUCACCAUUCAUAGGUUUUUGGUUCGAUUCAAGAACGAUUUUUGCAACUUCAGAAUGAUUCGAUUCGAU